AUGGACUUGGCUGGUUCUGAGAGAGUUUCUCUGACGAAAGCUGCUGGUGAGCGUCUUGAAGAGGGGGCUAACAUAAACAAAUCUUUGUCAGUAUUAGGAAAUGUGAUAAGAGAAGAUAUCAAAGGAAAUGUGCUGCUUGAUGCAAGGGAAGCUGUCGUAGACAAUGUGAUCAAGUUAUGGAGGAACAUGAUGUUGGGCAAUAAGAUCAGACGAGUUGCAGCUAUUCGAAUGAAUGAGAGGUCAUCUCGAUCACACACGAUUUUCCGGAUUAUUCUGGAGUCGAAAGAUGCCAAUCAGAAAGAUGGACCUGUACAUAUAAGCUACCUUAACUUAAUGGACUAG